AUGCGUGCUGCAAGCGAGCCGAAGAGGGCUUCUCGUCGUUGUCGAUCGAGACAUCCCCAACCCUCCCCACCCUCCAGCAAGGAAAGCGAGGGAGGAGAGGGCAUUUCGGGGGACAUGGAAUCUCCUAGGAGGGAGAUCGAAACCGUUGUGAAUUCCCCGAAGGUACCAGAUUCUCCUGCUCAGAACCAAGUCAAGGGCCCGGAAUAUAACAAGCCGAUAUCAGCAUUGCAAAAUCCAGCAGAGCCAGAGGAACUCACUAAAGAUAAAUUGGAAGACCAGAGCUUUAACAAGGCAUCAGAGGCUUCACAGCCUUCAACUGAGCUAUCUUCUGAAGACCCAGUUGUUGAAAACAAUGAGCAGUCGUUCAUUGCACAGCUCAAAGCAACAUUCAACAUUGUUGAAAAGAGUAAACCUAGACCCAUUGAUGUUGUGAAGAGUACCCAGUUGGGAGGAGAAAAUAAACAAUCGCACACAAACAACCCCUCACCCAGCGCCGAGAGUGCUCGGCAGCUGAACUGCGAGGCUAAGGUCUUCUUCCCCAAGCCUAAAGCAUCAGCUGGUCCCAACUGUUUAUCGUUGCCAGCAAUCAACCCUUUUCAGGAAGGGUCGCGUUCUUCCCCCUCCUCGCCAUUUCAUCCGCGUACGAUUUACAAAGGCUCAUCCGUUCCGCCAACGCCAUUGCAGGAGGUGACAUUUGACGCUGCGGAAAAUCCUCCCAGCCCGCCAGAGCCGAGUCACACGCGCCGAUCCAGCAGCGAAACUGUCAUAGCUGUACCAGACGGAACACCACAGAACGCAAUUCAAGGUAUCAUCAUGGGAGGUCCGGCGCUUAGCCCGACGCGUCAGGGAACAUACGCUACGGAACGGAACCCGGAGAUUGUUGAGCACAGGAGCGUCCCUAGCAUGCAUGGAGUGGUGGAUGUUGCUGUGCCGGAAAAUAUGCCACUCACUGUUGGUUGGGACCAGGGUCACAUGCACGGCAAUUGGCACAGACUCUCUGCUCCUUACUCUCCAUCAAUCUACGAUACAGCGUCGACUCCACUUCGUCCAGAGUUUGGCUCGAUUUAUCCCCCUCCGGAAGCAGCAGCAAGUAGAAUGGCACAUGUGGCCGUUCCAUGCGAGAACCUAGACAGGCUUUUCUGUCAAAUCCAGGGGUUGUCAAGUGAGCUUGCUUUGGUGCGGACAGAAGUCCAGGCUCAGACAUUCCAGCUGCAGCAGCUUACCGCGCAUGUCAACGUCCUUCGUAGCCAGAAUAGCUUUAUGGAAAAUCAGUUUUCGGUUCCCACUCCAACUGCCGCCUUUCGAACGCCGCCAUACACCGGAACAAAUGAAUUCCAGAACCGCAAUGGCAGCACUGGGAGUCCUAUUGGACGAAGUGCUUAUCACCAAACCCAAGUGAGCAACGCGACAGUUCACGAAAAUGGUGACUGUGCUUCCAUGCCCGUUGGUCAUUUGCCUGAGGGAUCCGUAUCUGGAAAUCAUGGCAUCCACAUUCCUGCUCCUAUUGCCAAAGAUUCUGUCGACGGUACGGUUGACACCACGGUCAACCAGUCUGCAACUUAUGCUGGACGUCAGAACCCAAACCGUCCUAUCACCAUUGGAGAAAAGCAGAAAGAUCCUGCUAACAAACCUCGACGUGGACCUGCAGCUGGAUUUGGAAAGACUAAGCAUAAUCGGCCAACAAAGCAGUCUCCUGACCCCCCGGCAAAACCAAUGAUUGUCAAUAGCCCUGUGAAGCACCGUCGAACAGUCUCGAAUCGGAGCCAGCAAACCUCGCAAUUUAACCCCUUUGUGCCUCCGUUCAACCCAGGAGAAGGUCAGGAGCAUACGACCCACAAUGAUACUACUCAUCGCCGGGGUAGAUUCGGAAGUGACAGCGCUCAAUCGCACUUUGCUGGUACUUGGGGUGGUACAAGAAACUGGUAUCAUCACGCUUAUGGCAAUGAGAAUGCGCAGAAUUAA